CCUGGGCGGAUGAGGUCACUCUUUGUGGUGGCUGCCGUUGGCAAGAUGGCGCCGGUGCUGGCGGAGAAGAAGCUGUUGGGGCCGGACGGGCCUGCGGCGGGCGACUUCCCCAGCGAGGAGGAGGAAGGACAGAGCCUCUGGUUCUCAAUAUUGAGUGAGGUGUCUACUCGAUCCAGAUCUAAAUUACCUGCAGGCAAAAAUAUACUUGUCUUUGGUGAUGAUGGUUCAGGCAAAACAACACUAAUGACUAAAAUACAAGGAACAGAGCAUGGCAAGAAAGGAAGAGGUCUGGAAUACUUGUACCUGAACAUCCAUGAUGAAGACCGAGAUGAUCAGACUCGCUGUAAUGUCUGGAUUCUUGAUGGGGACUUAUACCACAAAGGUCUUCUGAAGUUUGCUGUUUCAGCAGAAUCAUUGCAGGAGACUGUUGUAAUCUUUGUGGCAGAUAUGUCUAGGCCAUGGACUAUUAUGGAAUGCUUACAAAAAUGGGCAAGUGUCUUGCGUGAGCAUAUUGAUAAACUGAAAAUUCCCCCUGAAGACAUGAGAGACAUGGAACAGCGAUUUGUGAAAGCUUUUCAAGAAUAUGUAGAACCCGAAGAAGGUUAUCAGGGAUCACCACAGAGAAGAGGUCCAUCAGGGCAAGAUGAUGAAAAUGUUAUCCUACCACUUGGUGAUAAUGUACUGACUCACAACCUUGGGAUCCCUGUGAUAGUAGUAUGUACAAAGUGUGAUGCAAUGAGCAUAUUAGAAAAGGAGCAUGACUACAGAGAAGAGCACUUUGAUUUCAUUCAGUUGCACAUUCGUAGAUUCUGCCUACAGUAUGGAGCAGCCUUGAUUUAUACAUCAGUUAAGGAAGAAAAAAAUCUUGAUUUGUUGUAUAAGUACAUUGUACAUAAAACAUAUGGCUUUCACUUUACCACACCUGCCUUAGUGGUAGAAAAGGAUGCAGUUUUCAUACCUGCUGGUUGGGACAACGAGAAGAAAAUUGCAAUUCUACAUGAAAACUUGACAACAGUAAAGCCAGAAGAUUCAUAUGAAGACUUCAUUGUCAAGCCACCUGUAAGAAAGUUAGUUCAUGACAAAGAGCUUGCAGCAGAAGAUGAACAAGUGUUUCUUAUGAAGCAGCAGUCUUACCUUGCCAAGCAGCCAGCCACACCUACAAGAGCUUCUGAGUCUCCUGCACGAGGGCCUUCUGGAUCUCCAAGACCCCAGGGCAGGGCAGGCCCUGCUAAUGUUCCCAGUGCUUCACCAAUAGCAUCCGUUAAGAAACCCGAUCCAACUAUUAAAAAUAAUGCUGCAAGCGAGGGCGUGCUGGCCAGCUUCUUUAACAGUCUCUUGAGUAAAAAGACCGGCUCUCCUGGGAGUCCUGGUGCAGGAGGAGUUCAGACCACAGCUAAAAAAUCAGGACAAAAAACUGUUUUGACGAAUGUUCAAGAAGAACUGGAUAGAAUGACUCGCAAGCCAGACUCUAUGGUAAUGGCCAACUCCUCUCCAACAGAAAAUGAAGCUUGAUAAUGCUUGAACCUGCAUAUGUAAAUGACCAAAUAACUAUGUAUAUUGAUCUGAUAAGACCAGGAGCUCUCUGCUAUGGCAGAUGCUAUAAGUUUUCUUGGGGCAGGGGGAAAUGAAAUUUAACCUUCAUUGGCUUGUCCCAGUUAUCAAGUGCACAUUCAGGAAGUUUUGCAUAUAAAAUUCCUCUGUUUUAAGAUAACCAUUUAGAGUUUAAAUAGGGCAAUUCUCUUAUCUGAGUGGCAAACAAGGUGCAACUGUGGUUCUUAGGGAAGAGCACAGAGAAGUGGGAUGCAGAAUUCCUGUUGAAAAGCUGCGAGUAGCUGCUGGCACUAAGGAAGAAUGAAAUCCCUUUUUUCAAGUUUACUGGAGUUAGCCAUUCAAACCAUACUUGUACUUGGAAAGAAUCUGGUGUAGCAGAGUUUUGUUUGGAUGAAGAGUGUAUAAAAUGCUGCAUUUUAAAAGGGGGAAAUGCAAGAUCUGUUAAAUAGAAGUGAAAAGCAUGUCGGACAGACUGGAGAAAAGCAGUGUUGAAUAGAUAAUCACGGUUUAAAAAGAAAAGCCUUUACAAUUGGGGACGCUCAAAGCUUAAAACACUGAGCAUCAUGGGAUUUUUUUCUAUAAAUUGCAUUUUUAGUUCUAAUAAUAAGAUACUUAAAAUGUGUUGGUGCCCUUUUUUGUCAUAACUGACACAGGGAGAAACUUGCUUAGACCAAGUGCCUGGCACAGUGAGAGAUGUGUCUUUUAGAAGGUGCUUGAACCUCUUGUGCACUGUAGUACAAACAGUCUCUGUUUGUUUGACUUUAUUUUAAAACUUGGUAACUUUUUAUAGUCAUGUUUAAUCUUGAAUUCUUUUUUUCUGAUAUCUUCUGCCUUGUUUUGUUUUCCUUUCUUUCUAAACACCAACUGUGUGGCCUCUUAAGAGAAAUGGGUCACAUCAUCACUUUCCUAUAAUGAAAUGUGUUGCAGCAUAGAAACCAAUUGUUUUUCGCUCGUUUUUCGACCUGAGAGUUAACUGAAUCCUGCCUUAAGGUUGGAAAACCCUGUGAUAAUUUUCUGGUAGGUUUAAAAGAAUCUUGUUCCAAUUUGUAGUAAAGUAGAGAGUUGGUAGGUUUACCUUGAUAAACCUAGAACUCAGUGACUUCAUUACACUUGUGUAUAAUCCCCUCAGUGUAGCCUUUUACAAUCUUACGGUUGUCCCUCAUUACUACUCACGUUAGUACCCAUUAUCACAUUAAAUGAUACUUCUAUGAAAGACUCCCACAGUUACUGAAAAGGCACUUUUGAGUUUUUGUAUGAUCUACCUGACAGAGAAACACUACCUUACGUUAUAGUACCAAACAUGUGUGUGAUCCAUACACAGAAGGGAAAAUACCACCUAUGAAUUAUGCAGAGUUUACUUUUUAAUGACAAAUUUGUGUUAUGCUAAAUCUUGUUUCUGAAUAGAACACCCCUAAUAUUUAUAAUAUAUAUAUAUAUAUAGUUAAAUAUACAAAAUGAAUUGACCACUAACACAAUACUGGAUGUAAUUGCAAACCCUGUGUUAUAUGAAGAGGCAUCUCUUUGUUUUUGUAAGUCUGUCUAACACUAUCUAGUAAAGCUAAGAGUAUUUACUUGCAUUAACAUAAAAGCAUGUUAACUCAUGCCAGUUAUGUCUUUUUCUUUUUACAUUUUUAUACAUUUUUAAGUCUCAGUUUCAUCCACAGUUGCCUAGAUCUUAAACUGAGAAGCAGUGACCAGUGAAUCUGGUGUGUUGUUUUGCUGCCUAUAACAGUCUGGCAUAUGAUUUGCCAGAUGCUCAUUAAUGAAGAAUGUAGCCUUGUAUGACCCCAACAGAUGUGACUUGCAUCUGUUCCUUUGGUAUGCAACUUCACUAUACUGUUAGGGAGCUACAAUGUUUGUGCCAUGUAAUAAUACAAAGCAGGUUGGCACUUUGGGAUGGUAGAGCUCACAAUGGGUUCUAGUAGAGAGAAUUUCACCAUCUUGCCAAAUUUGCUGAAUGCAAAUGGCAUAGAGUCAGCCUUCUGAUGAGUUGGCUAGUCUAGACUUGUUUUUGGUUACACUUUUUCAGUUGUAGGGAAUUACAUCUUUGAAGCAAAAUGAAUAAAUAGGAUGAGCAAAUGUUUCAUGAGAGUAUGUGGUUCUAAUGUAUGCCUCAGUACACAACUGCCUCUUUUUAUUAAUGUUUUUCUCAUUCAUGUGGACAAUUCACUUUGUGUACCUAUAAUGUGUACAAGUGGCUAGUGAAGUAUUUUUUCAUUUUCAUAAAAUGAGUGUUAGAUCUGCUUCAAAUGAGCAAAAGCCAACAAAAUACAUUUCCAAGUUGUGCAAAGGAGCACUUGAAUCCAAGCAGAAUUUGACUCCCACCCACCGGCCCCCACACUUCCCUUUUGCAAGUGAAUACUCCUAGUUUCUCAAAGGAAGGAAGCUGUAAGUAAUGCAGUGUUUGUUGGUUGCCAUAGUCUAGCAACUUUGGAAAGCUGCACGGUUGUCUUUUCUGGUGUUCUCAAGCAUUGGAACCAAAGGCCAAACUGUAAACAGCCUUUAUGUUUAAAAAUACAAUUAACUUUAUUUUCAGGAUACACUUUUAUGGUAGACUGUUAAAAUUAUUACAUGGCUAUAUUUAUAUACAGAAUAGUGAUUGCAUCUACUGUUCAUGUUUAAACUAAAGUAAUAACCUAUUGAACUUGAAGAGAAGGCAAAUAUAAAGGAUUAAGGAUUGGCCCUCCAUCAAAAUGCUAUGGUUAUGCUGCUUGAUUUUUUUUAAGUUUGCACUUUUUAUUGGCAUUUUAAAACUUGUUUAAACUGAACAGAACUUGUUGUAUUUUAUUUAAUUUAACUACAUUGAAAGUGACUGAACUUAACCAUAUCCAUGCUGUAAAUGAAAAUUCACUCUUCAAUAUUACUAAGUUUAUUGAUGUUUUUAACUUCUAAUGAGGACUGCAGAUGUAUCCAAACACAACCCUUAGUCCAGUUGUAUGGCUUUAACCAGGUGCAGUCAUGUGGAAUCUUGCUUUCUAGUGCUGGCAAAAAUGAGGACCUGUCUAAUUAAUGGCUUCAAUAAAUACCAACCAAGACUGCU